AUGGAAGACUCCGAAGGGAAUAAUGAGUUAAUUGAAUGCGAUGAAAAGCUUACUAACGAUGUCGUUAAAGCUAUUUUUUUAUUAGAUCAUUCUAAAAAGCCUUUUAAGGCAGCCGAUAUUAUUGCAUUAUUAAACUGUAAGCCCUCUCGUAAACAAUGGGUAACGGUGUUUGACAAAGCCAAGCAGAAAAUUAGAGGUUUAGGUUUGGUAUUAAACGAAGCUAACAAUAAAUCUUCAAAGGUUUUUUUUUUAACAAGUAUCAACACUCCUUUACCUCUCAUGUGUAGAUAUGCGUCUGAUAAUGAAAAAGCUAAUAGAACAUUGUUGGUUUUGGUUUUAACUUAUAUAUUUAUGAAAGAAAAAAGUGUAUCUGAAGAAGACAUUCUAAAUCAUUUAAAGCAAUUAAAAAUAUUUAGCGAAGAAUCACCUGUUCACAAAUACUUUGGAGAUGUUAAAAAGAAAAUAUUUACAGAAUUUGUAAAUCAAUGUUAUAUAGAAAAAGUAUUAAAUAAAGAAUCGAAUGAAAUUUUUAUUAAUUGGGGUGAAAGAGCAAAUGCUGAAAUAACAAAGAGAUCUAUAUUAGAAUUUGUUUGUCGCAUAGGUUAUAAGGAUUCUGUCCAGCCAAAAAAUUUUGUAUCACAUUAUGCUAAAGUAACAGAAGAAGAAGAUGUAACAGAAUAA